AUGGAUCAGCUGUAUCGAAUUGAUGAACUUCCCAAUGUAGAUGAUGUUUUCAAGCAUAGUUAUGAAGUUUACCGGAAUUACUCGCUCGAUGUUUUGAAGUACAAAGAAUUUUGUCAGUAUGGACUUGCAGAAAGCAUCGAAAAAGUCCAUGAAUGGUGUGUUCAUCUCCAAUGCUUGAGUCCCUCUGAUCCAUGCUCCCCGAUGAGUGGUGCGGAAUACGAAAAGAGACAUAUGGGAUUAAUUACUCCAGCCACUUCAUCAUACCUUAACGUUAGUCCACCAGUAGAAGAAUCUUUGCCAAAUUCAUCAAUAUCGGUUUUUAACUAUAUGCAACAUAUUGGGAAUAAUGUAACUGGAUGUUAUGAUGACUAUAUAUGUGAUAAGCAAUAUAAUAGUUAUCCAAAUCAUUGUAUUUUGGGUGUCGUCUGUUUUACUUUGUGCUUAUGUGGAAUUAUAAGCAAUAUAGUUCUUUUCCCAGCUUAUAACUUUGGAUUGAAUCGUUCUGGAGCUACUGUUUAUUUGAGUGCGAUGGCAAUAUUUGAUUGUGUUUUUAUGGGGUUAUCAUUACUAAUUAAUGUUAUUCACUAUCUGCCACCAUCAUUUAUUGAACAAAUGGAAAUGUAUGGACAGUUUUCUGGUUACUUGAUUCCAUAUGGCCUGCCUGUCAUACAGAUAUGUGAACUGUUAGUUGUUUGGUUAACCAUAGCAUUACUAAUCAAUCGUCUACUUUAUUUGAAUUUGGGCCCACAUUCCAAAUCAUUGUGUUCACAACUUGAAUCCGUGAAAAUCGUAAUAGCGGUGUUUUUCCUAUGUAUUGCUUAUAUGGGAUGCAAAUUUUUUGAAUAUACUUAUGUGGAAUAUCCAGAUAAAAAGGUUGUACGUGUUUUGCUCACUCAACUUGGCAAAACGGAGAUGUUUCGGGAUAUAAUGGAUAAUUGGUUAAAAGUUCCGCUUGAAAUGUUUUUACCGUAUUUGGCUUGUGGAUUGUUAAUAACAACUAUCGUUUUAAAAAUGGUAAAUUUACAUACAUCAAAGUGGAAGGCCGUAGCUAGCUUGUGCAAUGAAACUGCUUGUGCGUGUGUCUGUCGAACAGGUGUCUGUGGUAAAGAAUGUCGUGAAGGUGUAAAAUCGGAGGAUCUAUCUAAAUCCUGGUCAUCUGACUUUAAUAAUCAAGAAAAAUCUGGAAAAGUAACAAAUACAAAACAGUCUACUCCUGACAAGAAUGAUACCUUUCAAAAAUCAUUUACCAGUACCAACCGUAAUAACGGUAAUUUCACAAACUUGGAUCCAAUUGAACAGGAGUUAUCCUAUCUUUUCUUCCAAUUGCCUCAAUUAGACGAGACACGUGAAAAUGCUAAUGUUAUAACAGCAGUUUGUAUUGGACUAAUUUUGUUGAUUUGUAAAAUCCCAAAAUUUUUACUACACGUAAUUUCAACUGAGAAUUACAUCACUUAUGAUCCAGAAGUAUUUAGAAUGAUAAACCAAUUAUUGGAUACAAUGUUUGCAGCUUGUAAACCAAUGAUCUGUAUACUAGUUGGAGCACAUUACAGACAAGCUUUGACAACACCUCCAACAUGUUGUCUACCUAACGAUAUUAACACCAAUACAACUACUGUUACUAACAUUAGAGGUAAUGCAGUGAUAAUUGAAGACAAUAAUCAUGAAGCAAUAGUGAAUAAGGAGGCAGUAAACUACCAGUCAGUUAUUACACACCAGCCAAAAUGA